AUGGGAAUAGACUACUACGGCGUUUUGUCGUUGAAGAAAAAUUCCACCGAUUUGGAAAUAAAAAAGGCGUUUCGGAGAUUGGCAAUUCAUUAUAAUCCGGAAAGACAAAAAGACAGGGGCGUUCAAGCGGUCUUCAGCCUGAUCGCCGAGGCUUACGAUGUACUUUCAGAUCCGUUCAAAAGAGCAAUCUACGAUCAGUACGGCGAGGAGGGAUUGAAGAGGGGGGUUCCCGGCCCCCAAGACUACAUUCAGCCUUACGUUUUCCACGGUGAUCCCCUCAGGACCUACAGGGAUUUUUUCGGCACUUCCAGUCCGUACGCCGACCUCCUUGACGUUCUCGCCAAUCCUUUACCUCUCUACGAGUUGCCCGAAGGAAGAGGAAUCAAGCGCAAGGAGGAGCCGCUCAUUAAACCCCUUUUACUUACUUUGAAUGAGGUAUUCUUCGGAGGAGUGAAGAAGAUGAAGAUCCAGAGAUUAGUCCUAUCGGGGGACGGUAAGUCGGCCACGGUACCGAGGGAGAAAAUUCUGACCAUCCCGAUAAAGCCGGGGCUUCCCUCGGGGACGGAGAUCCUGUUUCCCGAAGAGGGCGACCAAGGUCCUACGAAAAUACCCGCCGACAUCAUCUUCGUAACCGAGGACCGUCCUCACGACACCUUCGUCAGAGACGGUUCCAAUCUCCUAAUGAUCGUCGAUGUCUUUCUUCGCGAAGCCCUGACUGGCUUCAUCGUCACGGUUAACACGAUCGACGAGAGGAUUCUUCGGGUGCCCAUAACUUCCGUCGUCUCGCCAGGUUACGAAAAAUUGGUGAUCGGUGAGGGGUUGCCGUUGGUGGAAAACCCGAAGGAAAGGGGCGAUCUUAUUAUACGAUUCAACAUCGAGUUUCCCGCCUACAUGCCGAACUCGAGUAAGAAUUACGUCAAGAAGGCAUUCAGAGUAUCGUCAGCUGGCGGCGAGAAGGGCGACGCGGAGUAUAUUCAGCGACUUAUUUUGGCCGAUAAACUCCGGAGGAACAUCGAUUCGGACAUUCCUUUACGCAGAGAGUCGGAUGACGACGAGAAACGACAGCUCAGAGGUAUCUGCAAUCCAUGAUUGCCGAUGCUGUUUAAUAUAUUU